AGCUCAGAAGUAGGCGGGUUUUGUCAGUCGACCGGCGUCUGCUGUUGUCUUUAGUUUCGGAUUAUGCGCAGCUUUGAAGGGGAGUCGCUCAUAGGAAAGAAAAUGGACAGCUGCAUUUUUGGUGAGAAGGAUCCCCCAGUGAGAUGCGUGACAACUUCAAGAUCAGAGAUUUAAACAUUGCAGGUGAAGCAGUGGGGAGGCAAGCGCUGGAUAUGGAGCUCCACAAAGCAGGCAUUACAGAGGAAAACAUGGGCUGCAUCAAAGAAGAGGAGUGUGAAUGGGAGACCUUCCAGGCUACACAAGAGGGUGUCUGCUUGAAGCAGGAGGACUGUGAAUGGAGGGCUGUGGUUGUUAAAGAGGAAAUGUGUAAAACUGAGUAUGUAGGGGAUUAUGAUAUGUCAAUAGACCUUAAAAUGCAAAGCCGUGAAAGGGGAAAAAUGAAUGAAGAUGUGAAACCCAAGGACAGAACCAGAGAGGAGAUACUUUACAGGAGAAAAGAACUGGAGCAAAUGUCAUCUGCAACACAUUGUGAACAAUAUUUUCAGGAAAGAGACAGAUGCUUUUCUUCUUCAUUUGCUCCAGUAUCUCCUCAGCGUAGAACUGAGAAGGAUGAUGAAAUAAAUAUGAAGAGUCUGCAGUGUGGCUCACUUACUGUGGAAGAGCUGACAAGUGACAACAUGGGAACCCAUAAAGAAAUACAAGAUACAACUUCAGUGCCUUCAUAUUCCUGCCAAGAGUGUGGAAAAUGUUUUAAAAACAAAUCUCAUUGCAAGGGACAUAUGAGAAUUCACAGUGGAGAGAAGCCCCAUUACUGCUGUGAAUGUGGCAAAAGGUUUUCAAGAAAAGACAGUCUUCAGAGGCAUACAAGAGUUCAUAGUGGAGAGAAGCCAUAUGGCUGUACUGAAUGUGGAAAGCGAUUUUCACACAAGGGCAGUCUAAACAUGCACAUGAGAAUUCACACUGGUGAGAAACCAUAUGACUGCUGUGAAUGUGGAAAGCAUUUCUCACAAAUAAGCCACCUUCAUACACAUUUGCGUGGUCACUAUCAAGAAAAAGCACAUUGCUGUUCUGAAUGUGGCAAACGAUUCUCAAACAAAGGCAGCCUUCAGAUACACAUGCGAAUCCACACUGGAGAGAAGCCAUACAGCUGUUCUGAAUGUGGCAAAUGCUUCUCACAGAUAAGUACUCUUAAGAUGCACAUCAAAAUCCACACUGGGGAAAAACCACAUUGUUGCUCAGAAUGUGGCAAACCAUUUACAGACAUGUGCGGCCUUUUGAGACACUUGAGAAUUCAUACUGGGGAGAGGCCACACUGCUGUGUUGUGUGUGGCAAGUGUUUUGUUGACCGAGGUAAUCUACUGAGACACACGAGAACUCACACCGGAGAAAAACCACAUUGCUGUUCUGAAUGUGGGAAACAAUUCUCCCGAAUAAGUAGUCUCCGCAGUCAUUCAAAAGUCCACUCUGGAGCAAAGCCAAAUUGCUAUUCUGAAUGUGGUAAAAUAUAUGUACAAAUAAGGAAUCCUGAGAGCCAUAAGGCAAAUCACUCUUACCAAGAAAAUAUGAAAACAAACCCCUGUUAGGUUGAAUGUGUAAAAAAAAGAUGCAUCAUACUAAUAUACAUAUUCAGUUUAUGUGCUCUGUGUGUGUGUAUAUAUGUAUAUAUAUA